CGCGCCAUUUUUUCUCCUCCGAGGAUUUCGAGUCUAUCUCCACUGUGGCUUCUCCUGAGUAUUCUCAACCGUCAUCCCUUAAUUCAUUGGACUUGUAGGAGACGGUCAUCAUUCCAGAUAGCCCUUCCAGAAAACGCCAGAGGCUGGAUGCAGAAGCCAAGCAAUACAUCACCACCCAGACAGGUGAAAGAAAAGUAUGCCAGAGGAAUUGUGACCUUAUUCCCGUACCUCAGUGACCCAUACUCUAGGAAUGGCUAUGAGCACUAUUAUGAUGGUGAGAGUGGCAGUGGAUAUCUUGCUUGGAGGAUUAAAACGAUUCAGAGAGGCUCUGCUAAAGACAGACGAGCAUCUUUUGGAGAUUCAGCAGAAGGACCAUCUGGUAAAGACAUUUCUGGAGGACCAACUGUCAGACGAGAGUCCCAAUACAUACCAGAUACUACCCUCAGUGAAGAUCAGUGCAAGGAAGCGAUCUCGUUGAUGAAACAUUCGACGGAUGAGGACACUGUGAUGAAGAAAAUGAAGCUGACAUUUGCCUAUCGCCACAACUUGGUCCUCAACCCGCAGCAUUCAAACAACAUACUCUCAGAUUUCCCACGUUUUAAAGACGUCAAAGGCUUGAUUGAACAGGAUUUCAUUCUGAUGUUUGGAGAGGAUGUAUCAGGCAAGCUUCUGGAGCGGUGGCCAACCACAUUUAAGAAAAAGAUCAUCAAAGAGUCCAGAAAGCUUCCGUCCAUCAUUGAAGAACUCCUCCUAGCUGCUGAUCCUCCUGAGGAUGCCACUGAAGUGGAUUUUGACUCUGCUUGGGACAGUGAUCUGGCAUCAAUUCUAUUGCUGCUGCAUCUAAUUCCACCGACAGCGCAGGGUCGGAAGAGACCAGGCAAAGUUGCGGCCUCCCAAGCAGAAAAACAUCUUGUUGUUUUCAAGAAGAGUGGAACAAGCAUCCAGGAACAUCUUGAUGCAAUCAGAACCAGCGCUCAGCCCUAUCUCCUGGCGGUCGGACCGAAGAAGAGUGAGCUCCACCAAUUCUUCAUAGUCCUUGACCAGAACGCCAAAACAUGCAGGUCAACCUCGUCCCUUGGUGCCUUCGAUGAACUCUUCAAGGCACAUUUUGUCUUUGGUACUUCGUACAACUCGAUGCUGCACAGCAUGUAUGUUUUUAUUCAGACUACAGUGUACAACAUUGAUGUUUCCAAAGUCAAAGAGAGUCCUCGUGUAGCUGAAAUUAGGGCAAGACUGCUUCGAUAGAGCUGAGUGCUGGUCGUUAAUACUUGAGAUUUCACUAUAAUGCAGUGUUUUGUUUGUAAGGCUGAGUUAGAUGGUUCAAAUAAGCUUGUUAGGCAUAUACGAUCAGUUCAUGGUAGGGGUGUAACGGUACACGGAAGUCACGGUUCGGUUCACACCUCGGUUCGGACAUCACG